AAGUGUCGAUUUCUUAAAGGCCACUUCGCCGAUACAAGAAUUUCUAGGAGUGCAGUUAGAGAGCAAAAGGCUUCAGUACCAAACAGCGAAAUAUUUACCGAGGUGCGUUUUAUCAGUUGCUGCUGUGGCUUGUGUCUGAAAAAUACUUCGAUGUUUCAAGCAAACUUUAUAUAUAUUGUAUAUUCAAUUAAACGUUUGUUUUUUUAGACCACUUUAUGUUCUGUUUGUUCAAUCAAUGGCAUACCAAGAGGCGUGUGGUAGGAGAAAUUUGUCUAUACUUUGAACUGUUUAGGGAAACCAACAAACGCUUCCUCAGGGUCAUGACUGAACAAUAUAUUUUUGUAGAUCCACAGCUGAAAGUGGAAAUCAUUGGAGAUGUUGAAGCGGCUAAGGCUGCGAUAGACGAUAAGCCAGGUAGAGUAGCAGUGAGGAACACUUGCAAAAAAAUUUCAGGGGGGGGAUUUCGGAUCAACAUCUAUGUAUGACGACAUUUUGUUGCUGGAAAUCGUAGUUUUCUAAACUAUUUUGCCUUAACACUUCAUGUGAUAUUUAGCUUAAUUUGUAGCCUACCAUUGCUACCAAUGCCUGCAUGGUUGAAAAAUUAUUGCUACAGCUUUGUUACACAGUUAUUCGACAUGCAGUUAUCGUUCAAAGGCUUUUAGAAAUUAUUUGGGGGCUUUCACCCCCCCCCCCCUGCUUGCUAACGCUUUCGAAAUGAAACACUACCAACAUUGAAGAGCCACGCUACGGGUACGUAUAAUAAAGACUGAUGCACCAACAAGCCGUCGAACUUACGUAAUGCUCGUAAAGUGCGAGUAAAUUAGCCUUUAGUAGGAAUUAGGAAAAAAAAACAUUUCUCUAACAAACUUUUGCGAAUGUGCACUUUAUUCGGGUAAAUUGAGCAAUUAAAAGUUUCGGAAAUAUGAUUUUUAUUUGCGAGUCUCUGACGACCCUUCGGCUGUGCCAGCUAUGUAUUACGGUCAACGAUUUUAUUAACGCAUAUUCGUGAAAUAGAUGGGCAAAUAUUGAUAAAUUUUGCUAGUGGCUUGCACUUUUUGCCAGUAACAGUGAAACCUAAAGUACAGAUGGCACGUGUUUGCUAGUAGCCAAAACAAGUUAUAAUGGAUGAUUCUAUAGACUAAAUUUUUAUCUAGGCCAAGAAAAACAAAAUCCGCCACCACAGCUAGAAAGAGCAUGUUAAAAUGAGUAAAAUUGCAAAGUUUGGUUGCGAAAUGUUGUAAAAUGCGGAAACUACGCCCUACGAAAGUUGCAAAUUUUGUAUUAAUUUGUAUUACGCGCGAGAAAAUGCAUCACAUUUGGGCCGAAAGUGGUGCAUUUCCCGUGCGUAAUACAAAUUAAUACAAAAUUUGCAACUUUCGUAGAGCUCUAUUUUCCGCAUUUUACAACAUUUCGCAACCAAACUUUGCAAUUUUACUAAUGUUAACAUUAUUAUUAUUAUUAUUACAACAUCUUUAUACACGGUAACUAAUCAACCAUAUUACCUAUCAUUAUUUACAAAAAUUAUAAAGGUUGUUUUUCAUUAGGCCGUGUUACUAAAUACAAAUUAAAACUCGAAAUACUAUUAUAUAAACUAUUAUAAAAAUAUUAAAAGAUACUAAGAAAUGUUUGGGUCGAAGCGAUACGUUAAAUAUAUAUAUUACAAAUGAAUUAAGUAGAUUUAAAAUUUUUACUAUUAUAGUUCCAGUCUUUAGCAGCAGCAUAUCCGAAUGUCCUUUUCAUUGAAUUUGUUUUAGGCUUCGACAACAUCAGCAUCUUGUUAUUACUUCUUAAAUUAUAUUUAUCAGAAUUUGAGAUUUUAAACAUAGUUGAAACGUUUUCAGGACAUUGGUUUGAAAGGGCUUUGGCCACAUAUGCUAAUUUUUGCUCCUUUCUUCUCUCUUCGAGUGUUCUCCAAUUUAAUUUCUUUAAAAUAUCCGUGGAGCGAAUUUCAUACUAGCUGUGGCCAUGGAUUUUGUUUUUCUUGCCUAGAUCAAAAUUUAGUCUAUAGCUGUAAUUGCCCAUUUUAUUACCAUCGUUCUUUCUCCAGGUGUUGUAGAUGUUGAUUUUGAGGAGAAAAAUGAAAAGAACGAAGAAGACGAAGCUGAAGAACAGCCCAAGGUUCUUAAAACGAUCAUAACCUUGAUUUUGUAGUGAAGAACUCUGCAUGGAUGGUCUACAUAUUUUCAAAUCUUCUCGUUUCAGAAACGGCAUCACCGUCGAACUACUGAAGAACUCUGUGCGGAAGAAAAAAUCAAAACAUCUUUGAAGAAACAUCCUUUGCAAGUCCAAUUCGAGUUGAUAUGCAAAGGUGUGUAGAUCCCCUAUACCCUAUCCCCCCCCCUCCCCCCCCGCCCCCAACCUCCUUUCGAUGUUGAUGUGACUGUGACAUGGACAUCGUAUCAUACUGUCAUAUCCAAUUCAAAUAACGUAGUAAAAAAUGCAACGGUCUGUGGCUCUGUGCCAGUGUAGGUAAUAGAGGUAUGCAUCGGAUAGGAUUGGACGUUUAUAAUCCGACAAUUGGCUAAUGUUUAAAAUCCGAUCCGAAAUUGUCUAAUCCGAAUCGGAUCCGAGCUUUGAUAAAGAAUUCCGAUCCGAUCCGAAGAAUCCUUUAAUAAAAUAAAUUUUUCAUUCAUGUAGUUAACCAAAUAAAUAUAAAAGCAAGAAAUACAUGUCAAGAAGCUGACAAAGUGACGUCCAAUUGAAGUAUCAAACGAAUAAUGCAGCGACAAAAUAGAAAUAUUAGACAUAGAAUGCGUGCUGCUAUCUUUUCUCAGUAAAAAAUUUGUCUCCACAAAAUGGCGCAUUGAAAAGGGUAUUUUGGUUGGUCCCAGACUCCUGAGGUAAGGAAUUUCGCGCGGUUGCAGGGAGUGCGAAUUGUUUUUUUCAACUGAGCACGCAUUCUAUGUCUAUUAUUUCUAUGGGAGACAACCGCGAUAAUGCUUUGAUAAAUGCGUGGAUAAUUAAUUCAUUUUAUUUCGAAUACGGAAGUCCGAUCCGACUACGAAACAACUUUAUCGAUCCGAUCCGAAAUGUAUAUUUUUGUUCCGAAAUCCGAACGAAUCCGAUCGGAUCGGAUUCGGAUCGGAUUUGCACACCUCUAGUAGGUAAUGCCAAUAAUAAGAAAGCUUCGGAGUGGUAGGGAUGCAUGCAACUAUCGGAAAAAUACAAGGAGAACUUCGACGUUUCAAGGCUUCGCUUCGGAAAACUGGUGGAAAACGAGCUUCGGUUGCGGUUCGAUCGCGAUCUGGUAGCCCUAUGAUCGAUCGGCAGUUGAUCCAAGGACUACUGCAUAUUAACCAAGACAUUUGUUAGUCUAUUUCUUAGUCUUAGUUGUACUAACUUUUUAAUUUUUUUUAAAUUUUAUAAACUUUGUCACAAUAUAAAUUACACUAUCUAAUGACUAUGACACAUUCCGAGCUAUCCCUGCAUGUAUCGACUAGUGUCCGUUCAGAAAAUAUUAAUUUUUUUUAGAUGAAGUGAAGUCCGUUCUGUUGUUCAGUUAUAUCCAAGCGCUAAACAUUGUCACCGUAACUGUCUCUGUACAGUAUAUGCAGCAAGAGACUCAGCCAGUGUUCUCAGGAAGGUACUGUACAUGCAGACGCGCCUCUCAUAUCUAAAUCUACUACGCCUACGUGACAAAAAACGCACGCUAAUAGAGAAAAUAAGGUUAACUGGGGCUUCGGUCGCGCAACCGACAGAGAAAGCGCCUUUCACCUCCGAAGGCCCAUUUCCACUCAGGAAAAUGUUCCACGCACAGAACAUUUUCCGAAAAUAUCAUUUGUUAUUUAUAAGUUGAAAAUUUGUGACAAUAGAAAGAAAAAGAAAGAGAAAGUUGUGACAAUGCUGUUCCAACAACUUGUCAACAAUAUUUUUUGCAACAGGUUUGUAGCAAGUUUGUUAACAAGUUGUGACAUAGCCUGCUUGCCGCCUGGAAUUUCCAAGGGGGGAUUAUUAGGCGGCAAGCAGGCUAUGACAAUGCUGUUCCAACAACUUGUCAACAAGAUGUCUCCUCAACAGGUUUGUAGCAAGCUUGUUAACAAGUUGUGACAAUGCUGUUCCAACAACUUGUCAACAAGAUGUCUCCUCAACAGGUUUGUAGCAAGCUUGUUAACAAGCUGUGACAAUGCUGUUCCAACAACUUGUCAACAAGAUAUGUUUGCAAUAGGUUUGUAGCAAGCUUGUUAACAAGUUGUGACAAUGCUGUUCUAACAACUUGUCAACAAGAUGUCCCCUCAACAGGUUUGUAGCAAGCUUGUUAACAAGUUGUGACAAUGUUGUUCCAACAACUUGUCAACAAGAUAUGUUUGCAAUAGGUUUAUAGCAAGCUUGUUAACAAACUGUGACAAUGCUGUUCCAACAACUUGUCAACAAGAUAUUUCCUCAACAGGUUUGUAGCAAGCUUGUUAACAAGUUGUGACAAUGUUGUUCCAGCAACUUGUCAACAAGAUGUUUCCUCAACAGGUUUGUAGCAAGCUUGUUAACAAGUUGUGACAAUGUUGUUCCAGCAACUUGUCAACAAGAUGUGUUUGCAACAGGUUUGUAGCAAGCUUGUUAACAAGUUGUGACAUUGGUGUUUCAACAACUUGUCAACAAGAUGUUUCCUCAAUAGGUUUAUAGCAAGCUUGUUAACAAGCUGUGACAAUGCUGUUCCAACAACUUGUCAACAAGAUAUGUUUGCAAUAGGUUUAUAGCAAGCUUGUUAACAAGCUGUGACAAUGCUGUUCCAACAACUUGUCAACAAGCUGUGACAAUGCUGUUCCAACAACUUGUCAACAAGAUGUUUCCUCAACAGGUUUGUAGCAAGCUUGUUAACAAGUUGUGACAUUGGUGUUCCAACAACUUGUCAACAAGAUGUGUUUGCAAUAUGUUUGUAGCAAGCUUGUUAACAAGUUGUGACAUUGGUGUUCCAACAACUUGUCAACAAGUUGUGUUUGCAAUAGGUUUGUAGGAAGCUUGUUAACAAAACUGAAAAGAGUCAGUCAACGGUCCCGCGAACGUCUUGGGUUUUCUCCAGGUAUUCCAGUUACCUCCCACAGGGAAGGUUGACAGUGUAGGUUGGGAUUAACCCCCCCCCCCCCAACUGGAGUUUCCACCGUAGCUGUGCUCCAUGAUCAGAUUUGUGUCAUGGGGUGGUUGCCAGAGGUGCCCUUUGAAAGCCUUGAACUCGAUCAGGUCAUAGGCAAUCCAGAAGACAGAUGUCUUCUGGAUUGCCUAUGAUCAGGUUGAGCUGCAUCCCUCGCUAUUUAGCUUAGCUCUCAGCUGCAGGAGAUGAUUAGCACCCCCCUCCCCCCACACACACACACACACACUUACUUACUUACUAUACAUGUAAUGAAAUAAGGUAACCUUAUUUUCUCAUUCUAAUAACUGCAGGUUAACCACCAUCUGCAGCACAAUCAUGCUUUGUGAAACCUACUUCUGUUAUUUGUUUCUAGAUCAUUACUGUCUGCAGAUUCCGUUUUGACCUGUCUUUUUCCUCAAGACUUUGGUGACGUCACCCCAAAUCCAGCCAAUCACUAUCAGCUAAACAACUUGGGGUAAGUUGGUAAUAUAAGUCCAUUUCAAUCGCGCGUGAGCAGAGUGCUUCCAGAUCGACUCUACAAAACAUCACAGUUUAUCUCCAGGUAUUCCAGUCACCUUAGACUAAAGAAAUGUUUGAACCGCUCUCCUUUCAUUUUUAACAGUGUAAAAGAUGUGGCAUUUCAUAAACUCAAUGUUGGUCAUCCUUACAUCUGGGUACAAAGGAUAUGUGGACUCGACUUUCCUCCCUUGGACUCAGAAACGCACGAGGUUUGUUUAUUUUACCUCGACCAGGAGGCUAUGUUUUCACUUGUUUUCGCUCUUCUUGUCUAUAGAUCAAAUUUCGUAUAUAGCUGUAAGCAUUCAUUGCUGAUUAUUAAGGUUACAGAACACCUUUGAGUGUUAAUUUUGCCUAAAAAAUUUUUUAUUGGUUUCCAUGAAAGCAUUAGACUAGUUCUACUAUCUGACCAAGUUUGAACGAAAAAUGUUGAAAACUCGCAGAGUUAUUUAAUAAAAUACAUUUCGCUGCAAUAAGAAAAACAUUGAAAAUGUAAUAUUCAAAUUCAAUUUUCUCCCGAAGAAUUUUACGGUAAUUACUGAUUUUCAAACGAGUUGUUCUCCUGCGGGUUUUGACCAAUUUUUCUCAAAUUUUCACAGGACAUAGCUACAGACGUCAGUUUCAAAAUUGUGUUCGGCCUUUUUUUAAUUUUGGAUAUUUUAAUAAUAAAGAGCAAUUCACUCAAAUAAUUCAUAAAUAUAUUGCAGUCGUCAAAGAAAUCGCCAUAUCAGCGGAAUGACGAAAUAAACAAAAAUUUCCGAACACAAUUUUUUAGAACAACUAUUUUACUGUAUAAAAAUGAUAUUUUCAUAAAUAUAACUUAAAACCAGCAGGAGCACAACUCAAAAGCGUAACGGUACCGCGAUUUAAGAUUUUCCUGAAUAAUUCUUAUAUUAUUUUAUUGUUUGUUAAUUUUACAACUUUACCAUAUUUUGCAUACACUGGCGAACAUUUGGUGAAAAUUUUAUUCAAAUCGGACUGAUAUUGAGCGCGCAGUAGCGAUUUUCCACAAAACGCCAAAAGGGGUGUCCUGUAACCUUAACACCCGCGCGCGUGUAAGCAUUUGACCACAUCUCUUCUGUUUUGUUAGACUCAGCCUGUACAACCAUCGGUCAGUGCUUCGCACAUGGAACGCACAGUCCAAGCAAUCAAAACGAGGGUCUUAACUAGAAUCUCAUUACAAAGUCAGUUGCAUUCCCUAGGUAAGGAAGUUCAUGGUUUACCGUUAAUGGCCUGGGGUCAUUUUGUCUGGGGUAAGCAAGGUUACAGGAAGUGACGAUGGAAGGUUUCUUCUAUUUAGAAUCUCUAAACAUACAACUCAGUCAAGAAGGACGACGUUUAUUUCCUGUUAAGACUCUGAGCAAACUAGAAUCAUGGACACCGUUAACCACCUCGGAUUUUUCAGUAAAUAUUUCUCAUUCACUUUUAUCGUUAGAAGUGUUAAACAUCUUAUUUACUGCAUAUUGCUUUGGUCCACUCAUCUUACAUGAAUGUAAUUUUUCAGGAAUUAUCGUUUGUCGAUCAUUCUACGCAAGUUGAAUGUAUAACGGAAAAUGAUCUUCUGUACGUAGCAACAUUUUCAAAAGACAAAGGUAUAGAUGAUUCGACUUCAUUUAAACUCCACAAGUUACAGUACUUAAAUUUUGUUGUAAGUCUUGAUUGUUGUAUUUCAGUGAAACUAAAGGCCGCUGUCAUUGUGCUGUCUGAUUAUCCCGUGAGGCCACCGUUGUUUACUUUGGCAGUUUCAAGUAAUGGUUCCUACAUCAAGAAUGACUACAUUAGGGUUCGUAUGUUUGUAUAUAACUUCCCCCAAUGUAUGCAACAGUGGUUAUAUAGGUCUGCAAAUCAACAAGUUGUAACAAACUUGAUGACAACAAGCUUGUUACAACUUGUCAACAAACUUGCCACAAGCUUGUUUAGUCAACUAUAGCUGUCAACAAGAUGUGUGGACCAAAAAGUGAUGGCCAUUAGUGGACCCGUAGUAAGAACACAUUUUGAACUGAUACAGUAUAUAGAUUUAUCCAGUAUAAAUAAAGUUAAUUUAGUUUAGGUUUCCUCCUAUAGUAAUGACUGGACCUCGAUUAAAAUUUAACCCGCUGUUUUAGCUUGUGUAUCUUUGCACGUCUGUUUAUUUCAAAACUUCAGAGAACAAAAUGUUUCCAAAUUUGUAAACAAUUAAGCUGUUGGGAAGUUGCUUUGAAUUUUAGGUUAACCUAGGGUUAGCUAAUCGACAUUCGAACAACCGGUCCUGGAUCAAUUAAGGACGACCCUUACUGGACGUGUUGGGAGAACAGUUUAGAUGUGAUAAAGAGUGGAAAUACAGUAGCCAGUUAAGUUUAGGUUUUCUCCUUAGGAUCCAUAGGGAUAGCUCUUAUACUUGACCUCUUGGAAGAACAGUUUGGAACUGGUAGAGCUAUCCAGUAUAACUUGAGACUGAUUAUUUGUAGGCCUUGGAAACAGAGGUGAAUGUUUUCUAUGAAGAACUGUUUACAGGAGAUUGCGAGGACAAUAUACUAUCCAAUCAAUUGAGAAGACUCCAGGUUUGGAUAAUUUCGUUUUACAGCCUGAAUUGUCGAGAUUGUCAUGGAAAUUUCAGCUAUAAUUAUGUUUCAACAAUGUCCAUUUGUUUUAGAUGUGUUUUGAUGUCUACAAUGAUACAAAGGCCGCAGACAAACACGACUUGCCAAAUCAUGAAUUUUUGAUUUUGCGAACUAAACGGUAAUACAAAGAAUAAUUUUCAACAAUUUUUAACCAAAUAAACAGAUGUUGCGUUACACAAUAUUCAGGAUCAUUUUCAAAGUGUGUAUAAUUCUAAAACGUAAAAUAGACAGUUCUGAAAUUGAAAUUUGCUACCUUUAGAAUUUUUACAAAAUCUCCCCAAAGUAUAGAGGAAAUGGCAUUUUUAGAGACUUCAUAAUUUCCCAAGGGAGGAUCCCUGCACUUACGUAAAAUGUGGUCACAAAUUUCGACCACCACUGGUGAAAAUGAGCACUUUUAAAUUUUCUUAAAUGGAAUGCACAUUCUCUGAAGUGCACACUAUUGAAAAUGUCGCAAAAUAGGCCCUACACACGUAAAAAUGCACAAGUUGUUACGGAUCUGCAAACAAGUUGUUACAAAUCUGUUCACAAGCUGUUGACAAGUUGUGUUCGCACUGCUUGUUCCUAUUUGUUGUAACAAGCUUGGAACAGGCUGUUACCAACUUGUGACAAGCUUGAUGGCAUUAUCAGACUUGUUGCAAGGUUGUUCUAACAAGUCUGAUACAGUCAUGAUCUAACAAAUAUAUUAUACAAGGUUGUAACAAUAUUGUUCAUCAUGACUGUAUUGGACUUGUUGGAACAACCUUGCAACAAGUCUGAUAAUAUCAACAAGAUUGUUACAAGAUGUUAACAGCUUGUUCCAAACUUGUUGACAACUUGGGAUAAGUAGUGCGAACACAACUUGUCGGCAGACUUGCUACAAGAUGUACGAUUUUUACGCGUGUAGUACUGUGACUUUAGAAGAACAUUUUUUUGCCCGUCCCUAGUAGUGAUUAGCCUGUUUGAGUAAUGUUUCGUCAAUCCAAAUUCCAUGUCAUUUGGAAACAUGUUUUUAAUUUUUCUUCAAGGGGUCGAGACAGAUCCUUGGCAUUACAUUUUGAUCAAAAUCAUGGCUGUUUUACUCAUCGAUGUAAAGAAAUAAACUCUUCAUGAUCAAGAACAUCAUAGUCAUGGCAGAGUCCUCUGAAAAAACACGAGUGCGGGACAGAUAGUUUUGGUCGGUACAAAGAAACUCUGACUUGUUCACAGCUAAAGAAUAUAUCUAGACUCAUAUGACAAUCUUUUAAGAAAUUAAAGAAACUUUUUAUUUAAUUAUGGUUUUAAAUAUUUUUACCAUUUACAGACAUUCCAACCACUGGAGGUAAAAUUUAGGGAGACUCUGUUCAGUGAAUUGAAAUCUAGUUCUUCUGGGCAAAAAUAAUAAAAAUUAAGUCUUCUGAAAUGGCGUUUCCUGCAUUUUGGGACUAUGUUAUUAUAAGUGAUCCUAUAAAUUGCCAUAAAGCAACUUCAAAAAUGGUCAAGACAGACUAUUAUGUCGCUAAAAACAGUAUAUUUAUAAUUUUUUAUGAUAUUUCCUGAAUAUUCUGAAAAAUCGGGAGAAUUUGAUAAAAAUCUGGAGACCGGGAGAUUGCAUGAAUUUUCGGGAGACUCCCGGUAAAAUAGGGAGAGUUGGAAUGUCUGCAUUUAUUUUAAUUAAGAGGAAAAUCUUCAGUACUAAUAUAUUCAAAUUUUUUUGAAUUUUUGAUACAUUUCGGCAAACAGACUUAAAAAUGACGUUUAGUGCUUUAUCUGUAAAAUGAUGCUAAAAUGAAGAAACUUUAGAUGGUAUACGCCAAAGACAAAAUGAAGUUCAGUAACGUUUGCAUAUAUUGCUGUACGAAUAUGGCGGCGUCAAUUUUACAGCAUCAAUGAUAAUCGGUAUUCAAAUUGACAAUAUUUCACUAUUAUUUUGUGUUUCUCAACUGCCAGAUAUACAUUUAAAAAGGUUGCUAAAUGUGUAAACUACAAAAUAAAGCUAACACAAAGUU